AUGGAACUUCCCAACUAUGGCCGCCAGUUGCUGCAGCAGUUGUAUACCCUUUGCAAGGAGAGACAAUUCUGUGACUGCACCAUUUCUAUUGGCACAGUUUAUUUCAGGGCCCAUAAACUGGUCUUGGCUGCUGCCAGCCUCCUAUUUAAAACAUUACUGGAUAAUACGGAUACAAUUUCUAUUGAUGCAUCUGUUGUGAGUCCAGAUGAGUUUGCUCUCCUUUUAGAAAUGAUGUACACCGGCAAGCUGCCUGUGGGCAAACACAACUUCUCUAAGAUUAUCUCCUUAGCUGACAGCCUACAGAUGUUUGAUGUGGCAGUUAGCUGUAAGAAUCUUCUAACUAGCCUUGUAAACUGCUCUGCUCCAAGCCAAGUGAUAAGAGAGGUUUCCCCUCAGACAGUGGAGCCAUGCAGAAAGGACACUGAUGGAUUGCUAGUAGAAAACCCUUCCCCAAAGAAUUCAAUUGAGUCUCCACAUCCAGGAGAGUCUCCAUCUCCUGUGUCUCUAAAGGCUGACACUGUGGUGGUGGUUAGUGCUGUGACACCAGAUGCUGGUGAGGUGAAUUCGGCCAUGGCUCAGAAGGAGCUGAUUAUGAAUUCUGCUGUUGCCCAUGAAGAGGCUCUGGAAAUUGAAAUACACAAUGCAGCUUCACCAAGGGAGCCUUCCGAUACUCCCCAAAUGCAUUCUCCUCCUCCUGAGCAAGAAGCAGUAAAUGAAGAGGAGGAGGAGAAGGAGAAGGAGGUAGCAGUGAAGAAAAUGUAUAAGUUGGAUUUCCUUCUGCAAAAUGAAAGCCUCUUCUCUGAAGCAUUCUCUGUUGCCCAGGAUGUACUGAAAAGAUUAGAUGAAUGUAGAGAAAUUAAAAGCCCACAUAAAGAGGUUAUCUUGGAGUGUCUUGAAGUUGAAGAAGGAAUCUCAGCAUUCCAAAGAAUCCUCAAUAAAAUAAGAAACAAUGAAGGCCUCAAUGUUGAAACAGUUAUAUCUUUGUUGGAGCUGUUCCAAGACACCCAUCCUGAAAUCAAAGCAGCACUACAGAAGAGAGAUCCAGAAGAUGGAGAGAACAUGCAGCUAAAAAGGAGCACAGAGGAGGAAAAGACCUUGUCCAUCCUGUUACUGGAACACAAAGAAGACCUGAUACAGAGCAUAACCCAGCUGCGACCCAUUAGGGAGUUCCUAGAGACGGCCCCCCAAGAGUUCCUGACCAGCAUGGAAAAAGAGGUGAUUUUGAAUUGCUGCGAGGGUGGAACACCCAAGGAGACAAUAGAAAAUUUGUUGCACCAAGUGACUGAAGAGAAAACAUUGACUGCUGAGAGUUUGGUUAAACUCCUUCAGGCUGUGAAGAUCACAUUCCCCAACUUGGACCUUCUGCUAAAGAAUUUACAGAAACAAGAAAGUGUGCCAAGCACAACAGUCCUACCAAGCCCUGAUGAUUAUGGGACUGAGCUCUUGAGACGGUACCAUGAAAACCUCUCUGAAAUUUUCACUGACGAUGAGAUGUUGCUAAAGGUGAUCUCAUCUGCAAACAGUUUAACUCCUGGAGAAAGAGAGGCCAUGGAACAGCUCGUGAAAGGUGAUGGCAGUCGUGGUGGUUUUAGUCCUCUGGUCUCUGCAGUCCUGGAAGGACAGGCUUUGUCAGGAAGGGCCAUUUGGAAGGUUCUGCUGGGAGCACAGACUGCUGAGGCAUGUCCAUUGAACGUGCUCAUGGAGGAAAUGCACAAGGAGCCUGGGGCUGACUAUUUCUUCCAAGCAGUGGCCACCCCAGAAAGUGCUACUAUAGAAAUCAUCUUGAGACAUAGCAAGCUAAUCACAGAGGCUAUUCAGCCACGAGCUGAGCUAAAGUGCUUCACUCCAGGAGAGGAGAAACUGGCAGAGGCUGUGAAAGAGAUUCUGACUGUUUCCUGUGAGCCAGCCAGCCCUGAAGCCUCCCUGAAAGCAGCUCUCAGCAGAGCCCGGGAAAAGUCACUCUCCACCAUGGAGAUAUGCCGUCUUCUCUGCAGCAUUCAUGAGGUCUUUCCGAGCCUGCAGGUGGUCCUGCAAGAGCUGGGGAGCCUGGGUCUCCUUGUUCAGGAGAAGGAGGAGGGCAGCCCUGAACGGUGGAAGGUGCUGGAAGGGCAGGGGGAGGCCUUGGCCGGGAGUCCUGCUGGCCCUGGGGAAGGUAUUGAGAAGGAGAAGGAGGAGGAGGAGCUGGAGAGCGGCGCCACUCUCUCCCCCAAGAAGAACUUCGUCUGCACAGCCUGUGACAAGAGUUUUCAUUUUUACUGCCGCCUCAAGGUGCAUGUGAAGCGCUGUCGAGCGGCCCAGGGGAAGCAGGUUCCCUGCAGGGAAUGUGGCCAGAUGAAGGCCUCCAAGAAAGAGCUGGAGAAACACCUGCAGGAGGCCCAUGCUGGGACCAGAGCAUCGGGUACCCCAAAGAAGAAGAAGAGAAGGCUUCCAGUGACCUGUGACAUCUGUGGGAGAGAAUUUGCUCAUGCCUCUGGAAUGCAGUACCACAAGCUGACAGAACAUUUUGAUGAGAAGCCUUUUUCAUGUGAAGAAUGUGGGGCCAAAUUUGCAGCUAAUUCAACUCUGAAGAACCAUCUCCGCCUUCACACUGGGGAUCGCCCUUUCAUGUGCAAGCAUUGCCUCAUGACAUUCACACAGGCCUCUGCCCUGGCUUAUCACACCAAGAAGAAGCAUGCUGAAGGAAAGAUGUAUGCUUGUCAGUACUGUGAUGCUGUGUUUGCCCAGUCGAUUGAACUGUCCCGGCACGUGAGGACUCACACUGGAGAUAAGCCAUAUGUGUGCCGAGAGUGUGGCAAAGGCUUCCGACAGGCCAAUGGCCUCUCCAUCCACCUGCGAACCUUUCACAAUAUAGAUGAUCCCUAUGAUUGCAAGAAAUGUAGGAUGAGUUUCCCCACCCUACAAGAUCACCGAAAUCACAUUCAUGAGGUCCAUUCAAAGGAAUACCAUCCUUGCCCAACGUGUGGGAAAAUCUUCAGCGCCCCAUCCCUGCUAGAACGACACAUGGUGACUCAUGUCGGAGGGAAGCCUUUUAGCUGUGGUGUAUGUGACAAAGCCUACCAGCAAUUGUCUGGUUUGUGGUAUCACAACCGGACCCACCACCCCGAUGUGUUCGCUGCUCAGAACCACCGCUCUUCCAAGUUCACUUCUCUGCCAUGCGGUUCCUGUGACAAAACCUUUGCCAGCACAGCUGCCCACAAGAAGCAUGUGAAGACAGAACAUGCAGACAUUAAGUUCCAUGAGUGUGAGACAUGCCAGGAGCUCUUUCCCACCCUGGCUUUGCUUCAAGUUCAUGCCAAAUGCCGGCAUUCAGGUUCUCAGCCAUUCAGGUGCCUCUACUGUGCAGCCUCCUUCCGCUUUCCUGGAGCCUUGCAGCACCAUGUGGCCACUGAGCACUUCCGGCAGACAGAGAACACGUUCCCCUGCGAGAUGUGUGGCGAGCUCUUCACUUCCCAGGCUCAGCUAGAGGGGCACUUUGAGUCUGAGCAUGGGAAGGUGGUGGUCACUGAAGCUCAGGUCACAGCAGCUGCCACCCAGAUGGUGCAGGUGAUCCAGGCUCCAGAGCCCGGAGCAUCAGCUGAGCAGGUGAUCACUUUGGAAGAGACCCCACUGACUGGAUCCCAGGUGUUUGUGACAUUGCCAGAUUCCCAGACUCCCCAGGCCAGCUCUGAGCUGGUGGCAGUGACAGUAGAGGACUUACUGGAUGGAACCGUCACCCUUAUCUGUGGAGAGGCAAAGUAAAAGUCACUGAAGAAACUCUGAGAGAUCCCAGGCGUGAACAGAGAGAAUCAUGCAGGGACUUGGUCCUGUAGAUCGUGUUCUGAGCCCUGCUGGCUGGGAACAGGGUACCAUGAAGCCCUGAAUGUUCUGAAACACCCAGUGUCAAGGAUGGUGACACUGAGCCCACUGCCCUCUCCCAAAGCCUAGCCUCAAAUUAAGUGAUGCCCAUGCCUAGUGAGAGGCACUGGUGAAAGGAAGCUGGGGUCUGAAGCUUAGUUUGAUUACAGUCGUCCCUCCAUAGAUAGAAUGGAUAGAACUGACCAACAAAGCAUGGCCAAACAAAUGUUUUUUAAUCUUUAUAUGAAAUUCCUUACUGUCGUCAAAAUGAGAGGCAAUCCUUAGCAAGGCAUCAGGUGACUCCAGCCUAGAGUAUGUUCUGCCCAAUCUUGCUGGCACCAACAGUCCCGUGUCUCCUGCUACUGCUUAUUUCUCCAUUCCCGCCUUGGUAAGUGGCAGUUAGGAGGUGAUUAGCACCUCACCACCCUCUCACUAAACUGGUGUGCAAGGAACAACACCUUUGACCCAGGGCCUUAGCACCUUUCCUAGCCCAUCGUCCUUGAUCCUGACCAAAGUCUAUAUUUUUUAUUGUUAGACCAUCAAAACAAUGGACUCUUUUCCCACCGAGUCCUACCUUGCUUGGUGCAGUAAUCUCUGUCUCCCAGAACAAAGAGUUGGAAUAUUUUCUAUUGAGAAUAUCAAAUGUGGGACAUGCUAGCUACAAAGGCAGCCCUAGCCUGCUCUCUCCCAACUCAUUAGGAUGUUCUUUGGAAUGAGCACUAGGAUACCACCAGCCACUUGAGCUGUCCCUUCCAUUUGUGCCAGCUUCCCCUCUCCCUACUGUUGGAGAGGCACAAAAGUCACCUAAGAGCCGAGCUCUUCCUUUGAAGGCAUCUGAUAUGAUUACAGUUGCUGAAUUGGCAGGAGUGCAGUCAUUUCUGCCCCCGUGUAGCUUGAGUGGCAGCCGUGGCUGCCCACAGGCCCACAGCUCCUGGCCGCCUUGUGAAGGGUUCUCAAAAGCCUUGGGGCUCUGGCUGCUAUUGGAGCCCAUUUUGUAUGCCUCUCUUGUUGCUGGGCCACGGCCCCUCUACGACUCCAUUUCCCAAAGCCUUUUAUCUGCCGUUUCCUAAAAUAUAAUCUGAUAAUUAA